AGGAGGCUCUGAAUUUUCCUGUUUUCCAUCACUGAAAGAAAAAGAAACAGCUCUAUAGCUGGUGGUGUUUUUGGGUGUUCUACCUAUAACAUAUAUAUAGCCAUGGGAAGAGCCCCAUGUUGUGACAAAGCUAACGUUAAGAGAGGCCCAUGGUCGCCUGAUGAAGACGCUACUCUCAAGACCUAUGUCCAAACUCAUGGCACUGGUGGAAAUUGGAUUGCUUUGCCUAAAAAAGCUGGGCUAAAGAGAUGCGGCAAAAGCUGCCGUUUACGGUGGCUAAAUUACCUCAGGCCAGACAUCAAACACGGCGGCUUUACCGAAGAGGAAGACCAAAUUAUUUGUGACCUCUACAGCCAAAUGGGAAGCAGAUGGUCAAUCAUUGCUUCACAACUAGCAGGAAGAACAGAUAAUGACGUGAAGAACUAUUGGAACACCAAGUUAAAGAAGAAGCUCUUAGCAGGAAAAAUAAGCCUAAUUACCAAGCCAAUCCCUGCUACUCCUACUCGUCGUGGUCGUCAUCAUGAUCUUUCAGCCUCAAAACCUUCAUUUCAAACUCCUUGUGUCCCAAAACUUGAAACCCAUAUCGAGAAUUCUUCCUUAUUUCCAAUAAUUAAUUCUAAAACUCACCAUGUUCAUGACCAAAAUAUGUUAUCACCAUCAGCUCAUGGUACUGUUGAUUAUAACAAUCCUGGACUAAGUACUAGUUCUGUCUAUGACAAGGGACUGAGUCUUAUUAAUGAUCCAAUCAUGGGUUUUUCAGAUCACGAUGAUCAAUUUGGUGUGAAUUACUUAAAGAAAAGCCGAGACAGUAGUAUUGUCGAUAAUGGGUCGAUAAUGUCACAAGAAAUUUCGGCUAUUUGGGACUCUUCGUCGAAUUCGAUGGCUGCAAGUGAUCAUCUCAACCAAAAGCCAGCUUCCACAACUUUGUCUGGGGUUAUUAAUGGGUGCGAUGAGUAUGGCGCCGAGACCACUUUGAUGGAUUUUGGAUUUGGAUUAUUACCAUACGACGGGUCGUUUGAGGACAAAGCUUAUCAUAGCUUUAGUUUAGCUGAUUAUCAGAGUAUUAUGAACCAUUACUGAAAAGUGAAAACCUAACACAUGGCGAAAAAUGAGGAGAUGGAGCUAGCUAGAGAGAGAGGCAGUAAUUUAUUAUUAUUAUUAUUAUUAUUAUUAUUAUUAUUAUUAUAUCUCUGUCUCUGUCUCUCUUUUUUUAAUUCCUUAUAUGUAUAAUUUGGAACGUUAAUUUGGAUUUGUUAUUGGUAGAUAUAGAAUUAAUUCCUAUCAGAUUGUGUUAAAUGUUUGUGUAAAUAAAUGUUCAU